UCGCCUGUAUACCUGUAUAGAUUAGAAAAAAAAAAUAGAAAUAAACGAACACGCAUUUGUCACGCGACAAAAUAAGUGCGUGGUGAGAACACGGGCCUCUUGCUUCUUCAAUUCUCGACGAAUAAAGUUAUAUACAGGAUAGAAGACACGAAUAAAAUUUCUUGAGAGCAAUUUUAUCUCGUUUGACACACUGAAAGAUGCUACGCAAUUUUUGUGCGCGUCUAAGGCAAACGACGAAGCUCUUGAAAGAAGUGAGAUAUGAUUGUCGAUAAAAAGAAAAAGCGUAAGAAGAUAAGUGCCGAUGACAUCGAUGAUAGGAUGCAUUUUUAUCACAUUGUUUGCAUCGCAAAAUCGCGUAGUUUCAGCAUGGAGUGCCCGGAAGCAAUAGAACGAGGCCGGAAUUUUCGUUUACUCGCGGAAGAGGAGCUGUCGAAACUUUUGGACUUUCUUACAGAAUACUUGCCUAACUCCUUGAAGUUUCAUCAGACUGUGCAUACUUAUAUGCAAGACAGGGUCUGGGAAUUCCAUUUCUACGUGGCUAACGAUUGGCCCGAGGAUGCAAUCUGCCUGCACUUUCCCGGAAUGACGUUAUCUCCGCACGGUUUGUUGUACGAGAGCGUCGGUGUCUUCUGUCCGAACGAUCGGUUGGAGCUGCUGCGUCUUCUACGGGAGGAGGACAUUCUGAUAGACUGGUCGAGACCUUUGUAUAUUAAUUUCGUUCACUACGACAUCGCCGAGGAACUGACGCGUCUUUACGAAGGCAUGGGCACCAUCGAGACGGUCGUGGGCGAUGUUUGUGCGUGCGAGUUGUUCGACGACGAGAAGAGCGAGGAUCCGGGUGAUGAGGAUUCCGACGUCCAGGUGCGGCCACUCAAGGCCGAACACGCCGAGGGCAUCCACGAGUUGUAUCCGGCGAACGACAUGGAAUGCCAUGAGCUCUUUCUCCGGCUUAUUAACACUCUGCCCGCGGCCGGUGUGUUCGCGAAGGGUAGUCUGGCCGCUUGGAUGGUCCAGUCCUAUUACGGAGCCAUGUUCUCCAUGCAAACCAAGCCGGAACAUCGUAGGAAAGGUUAUGGGACGAAGCUAGCAAGGUACCUGACAAAAAAAGUAGCCGACAGAGGAUAUUUCCCGUUCGUAGUGAUACGUCCAGAAAAUAAGGCCAGUCACAGUCUGUAUAAAAAACUCGGCUUCAGACAGCUUUAUCAGAUCGUUCGUAUGAUCUUCACGCCCGCCACGUGGCAGGAGAACGACAACGACGCGAACGUUCUCAGGGAUAAUUUGGAGAACGCCGUUAGGCAGCUCACCAUCGAGCAAAGGGUCAUAACGGCCUUGAGCGAUCAGAAAGAAAACGGGAAAACGAUACAAGAUCCCGCAGGAACGGAAGAGGAGGAGGAGGAGGAGAAGAAGGAAGAGGAUGCCAAUGAGGAAGAAGUUCUCGAGACUAUCGAGGAGCAAUCCGAGGAGAGAACAGACGUCGCGGACGACACGGCAGCGGCUGACGAUGCGGCGGAAGUCGAGGAAGACUGCGUGGCGGAAACGACGGGUGGCAACGACGAAUAAAUUUUAUAGCGUGCGUUUACGCGAUAAACGCGCGCGUGUGCGCGCGUGACGGUCCAUAAUUCACGUUUUAUUUGCUCGAAGAUACGCUCUUCGCCGUGUGGAGGCAGCGAAGUGCUUAAGUAAAUCGUGAAAGGGAGUCUCUUGAGCACGGAAUCUACUCAGGAAUCGUACCCAGAACUCUCUCUUUCUCUCUCUCUCUUUCUCUCUCUUUCUCUUGUGCUGUGUAUCUUUUCUAGAUACGGCUGAUACGGCUGUAUCUGCUCAGAGUUCGAUAAAAAAAAAAAAGAAAAAAAAAACCAAACCACUAUCAGUUCAUAGGUGAUAACGUUCUUCUGUGAAUUGCGCUUUCCGGUAUUACUUGACGACGUAAUACAUAUUUAUCUUCGAAUUACAUAUUGUCGGAAAUACAUUUGCUAUACACACAUUCCCUCUAAUGUUUAAAAAAUCCAGCACAAGUAACAUUGCGUUUAAAUAGAGUUUUAAACGGCAAAUAUAUAGAUUUAUAUUAUGUGAGAGGAGAGCGCAGCGCCUUCUUCGAGCGAUAAAAACAAAACAAAGAAAAAGUCAAAGAUAGAAAAUAUUUUAAGAGAUUUUGACAUUUAAAAAAACGCACGUUCGUGCGAGGCUUCAAUUUGCGUACGAAGAAUCGUAAAAAAAAAUAAAAAAUAAAAAAAAAUUCUUCGCACGAUUUACUCAUAUCAUAGUCUUUUCGAAACGACAUGAAAAUUGGACGAUAUAUCAAAGAGCUCUCGGAUCUUUGAGUUGAUAAUGUUACAUCUCAUUGUGAAGUCUAUUCGAGUCACAAGUGUUGUUCUUUCUAUGUAUAAUUUAAAAAAUUAAAAUUGUCAAUGUUGUCGGUGAUUCGUUAUAACGUUGCGUUCAGGAAAAUGUAUCUGUUUAAUAUAUUCAGAUAUUUCUAAAUACAAUCGUAAAUGAGAAAAAAAAUUGUCGCAUGUACAAUGGUUAGCUGUUUACGUGUCUAUGCGUGUACAUUGUUUCAUUUAUUUCGCCAUAACAUUUGUCCAUAAAGGAUAAAUUGCUGUGGAUCAGGUGUAUAUGUGACACGUAUUUAUUAUUAUUAUUUGUAUGUGAUAUAUAUUUAUUAUAAAUUCUAUAUCAGUGUUUCAUACAUUAUUCCUGUAUCAAUGUUUAGCUAUUCAAAGCGUAUGAAUAUAAAAAACUCUGUUGAUUUAGAUCUGACUGUUCCGUUUUUAUGAAUUUGCGGAACUCUGAAUUCGACAUUUCAAAAAAAACAAAAAACAAAACCGAUUGAUUAUCUUCCAUCAAUUAAAAAUCUGCGGGACGAGUCGAACUGUGAUUAUUAUUUUCGCGUGUAAAAUAGAAUGUCGAGAGAAAAUUUACGAAGCCUCGUGCGAUCUCGUCACGCUUUUAUCGAAUAUAAGAUAGAAGUAACUUGCUGUGUCGGUGUAGAUAUCCGCGUAGAUGAAGCUUGUGGAGAAGCCGGUUUUGAUAAAAAAAAAAAAGAGAAAAAAGAAACAAUUUCUCUCCCGCCGACACACUACUAAUCUUUUACAUUUUUCAAUUUGCAUACGUGUACGUUACGUCAUAAUUUACAAAUUACAGAUAUUUUAUAGAUAAAACGCUUUGUGCUUCGUAAUCAUAAGAUAUUUCCGAAUGCACUUACCGCAAUUUCCCGCAGAAACUCUCAUGUACACCGUCACAGCAAUUACGUUAGAGAGCGUGCGCGAGUUAGUAAUAAUGAUAAUAUUAACGAACGCGCGCAACGCACGGCGUGAGAUUAAUAUUAUUAUUAUUGAUAAUAUAAUAACACGAUUAUACGUACGAUAUAUAAAUACCGCGCAAAAAAAAACAAAAACAAAGGGAGUCUAGUCAGUUCGUCGACUCCGUCUUCGGGAAGACCUGAGAUUUUAGAAUAGCUACUAUUUGUAUAAUUUUUUCUACGUUUCAUAGACGAUUUAUCAACAAACUAUACAAGACGGGUAAAACGCGUAAGGGAGAAUCGAUUCCGAGCGAGGACGGAGUCGGAACGAGCGUGCAAAACUCUUAAGGCCCCCUCCAUUCCUUCCCCUCCCCCCGAAAAAAUUCAUCUCGUUUAUUUUUCAUUUUACUAUUAUAACACCGGGGGGCCAGCUGUGAUACUUUACUCAAUCUCCACUUACACCCGGUCGUGGCACCAAGAUAAAAGAAAAAAAAAACUUUAGUCUAGGUGAGAAUCAAUCGUUGUUACCAGUCCGUGCGCUUCACAAUUUGAUGAAUGCGUUUAUCGGUUUUUGCGCGUUACGUUUUAUCCUCCCCGAGAUUUCCAUAUCCGAUCGGACGAAGAGAGAUUUAAUUACACAUACACACACACACACACACGUACACAUACACAUAUUUCGCGUUAGUCGUGAAAAUUUAUUCGAUCGAAACGAUGUAUGAUGACAAUCCGUGUAAACACAAUCUCUAUUUUCGUAUAACACACUUCAUUUCCGUUUUUCUGAUAUUUGCGAACAAAUUCAAGUGAAUCAAACUAGCAUAAGUAUUAUUUCCUGAUCUGCCAAUAGUUUUAUGGAUUCGAUAUUAAUUACGAAUUAAGCGAUCUUGUGUUCAAGCUCGAGUGGCGCUUGCGAGCACAAAGGUUGAAGAGAGAUCGGCCGUCGUGAGAAAAACUCUCAAUCACGCAUACGUAAUCGCGUUAAUAAAACAACUCGAGUGUGUGCGGUGGAUAUAUUCAUAUUUUUUUUCGUUAUCGCGCGCGACCCGGAGCGACACGGAGCGCGAGAAAGUGACUCUUGACCACGUUGCACGUGCCUCUUUUUUCUCGAUGACUCGCGACGUAAAUUAGAAAGUGAAGUGGGACUCUCUUGCGCAAUUGCGGUCGUGUAGUUUUUCGUAAACUGCGCUAUUUAAUUUUACAACAGGGUUAACAAAAACCAAAUCCACGAGAAUAGGUACAUUGUUACGCACGUGAUUUCGUGCGUAUUGUAAGACGAUCGAGGUUUUGUUUCGCCUCGCUAGUAGAUUUGUACCUCUGGACGUAAGAAAACACAAAAAAAUACCUCUUCAACCUGUGUGUUAUCGCAAGGCUUCAGCGGUGAAAUAUUCAAUUAAUUAAAUUUUCCUCUUGAGAUUUUUUUGUAUAUACGCACAACGUCAUCGAUACGAGUAAUUGUUGAUAGGAACUUACGCGUGUCUGACGGAACAAUCACCUCUUUGCCUCUUCAAAGACUCUUCGCGAAUCCACUUCUUAAGAGAAAACAUUCAAAAAAAAAAAAAAAAAACAAACAAAAACCACAUCCACACUUACACCUGCCGGCGCGCACCUGUUUUUGCCCACACUGUCAAAGCUAUGAGAAAAAAAAGUCACGGAAAUUUUAUUCCGAAAGCACGAACAAGAGCAACAACGAACUUAUUACUAUACAACACUACUACUAAAUAAACCAGCCUGUAGUAUUGCUAAUUCUAGCGCUGUUUUAAACCAGUGUGUGUAUCUCGCGAAUUAGGCCUAAAAAAAAGUCCGCCCCUCCCCCAAGAGGCGUCCCAAUACUACGUAUAUUGUAAAUACACUAUACAAUAAUUAUUCCCUUCUCUAUCUUCCUUUCUUCUUCUAUUGCACGUUGCUUUC